AUGAAGUUCUCUACCAUCUUUUCCACGUCGGCCAUCCUGGUUUCCUCCGUUUCUGCCGCUCCUCAACAGAACGAUAACGCACCCAGGGGAUACAACUUCAAGAGUGUUGACUACAGCCACAUCGAUUGGUCCAAGCUCGACUAUGGUCGCGUUGACUGGUCUCGGGCCGACUACGCCCAUAUCGCUUGGUCCCAGCUUGAUUAUACCAGAAUCGACUGGAACAAAAUCAAGCACGGCCAAAAAGGCCAGUGGCAGUGGGACUCUGCAUCGAAAAUCUUUGCGAAAACCUACAAGGUUAUCGCAACACCGGAUCAGGUCGUCAAUGGCACUGGAGCUGCGACAAGAUUCACCGGUGGCCUUCCGGGAAGCAUUGGUAUAUUCACCUACGGCGUCAUCCCAUCUGCCAACACGAUCUGCUAUCGUAUUGAGAUUGCCGGCUUCAGAGGUGAAUACCAGUCGCCGGCCAAGACCGCGACACACAUUCAUCAAGGUGCCAGGGGUGCCACCGGCCCGCCGCGCAUUGCUUUCCCCAACCCCGUCCCGGUCGACGCGAGCAAGCCCGAAGGUCUCCGGGUUAGUAUCGGUUGUACCACUGGGCCAUUCACUACCGGGGUGUUGGCCAAUGGCGUCGAUACCGGCACCGGGUUUCAAGUCAGUCAGAUUGUGGCCGACCCCAAGGCUUUCUUCACAGAUGUUCAUUCAAGCUUGGCAGUCCCCGGGGCUAUGAGGGCACAGUUGGCUUAA